GCGCCUGCGCAAGUCAUUGGCGCCAAGAUGGCGAUGGAGAUGAGGCUUCCCAAGGCUCGCAAACCUCUCAGUGAGAGCCUGGGCCGUGACUCUAAGAAACAUUUGGUGGUACCGGGGGACACGAUCACCACGGACACAGGAUUCAUGCGAGGCCACGGAACAUACAUGGGGGAGGAGAAGCUCAUUGCGUCUGUGGCUGGCUCUGUGGAGAGAGUAAACAAGCUGAUCUGUGUGAAAGCCUUGAAAACCAGAUACAAUGGAGAAGUAGGAGACAUUGUAGUGGGGAGAAUCACAGAGGUUCAACAGAAGAGGUGGAAAGUGGAGACAAAUUCCAGGCUGGAUUCCGUCUUGCUCCUCUCCUCCAUGAACCUGCCGGGUGGGGAGCUGAGGAGAAGAUCUGCAGAAGAUGAGCUGGCCAUGAGAGGCUUCUUACAGGAAGGGGACCUCAUCAGUGCAGAGGUCCAGGCAGUGUUCUCAGAUGGAGCUGUUUCUCUGCACACAAGGAGCCUGAAAUAUGGAAAGCUAGGUCAGGGAGUUUUAGUCCAGGUUUCUCCUUCCCUGGUGAAACGACAGAAGACUCAUUUCCAUGAUUUGCCAUGUGGUGCUUCAGUGAUUCUGGGCAACAAUGGUUUCAUCUGGAUUUACCCUACACCUGAGCACAAGGAUGAGGAUGCUGGAGGCUUCGUUGCAAACCUGGAGCCGGUAGCCCUUAGUGAUCGAGAGGUGAUUUCCCGGCUUCGGAACUGCAUAGUCUUGCUGGUAACUCAGAGAAUGAUGCUGUAUGACACCAGCAUCCUGUACUGCUACGAGGCCUCCCUUGCACAUCAGAUCAAGGAUAUCUUAAAGCCAGAAAUAAUGGAGGAGAUCAUGCUAGAAACACGCCAGAGGCUUUUGGAACAGGAAGGGUGAGGCCAGGUGCAGAAGGAUGGGACUGUGUGCCUCUCUGGAGCAGCCUCUGCAAGGGAAGAGUCUGCCAUAGGGUGAUUCUUCACCACAUGUGAAGCUCUGACAAACACAUCAUUCACCUGCAGUGGCGCAGCAGAGCCCAGCCUAUUCUCUCCUGUUCUGAGACAAAGCCAGGAUGGAAGUGAAUGGUGUUUGGAUGCUCGAGUCCCUUUCAGAGCAUGCUGUCUCAGUCUGAUGAUGUAUCUUGGAGUAACUUGGAGAAUCCAUGUCUUCCAGUCAUACCAUACAGUACCCCCAUGGAACUGUUCAGUAGAAAACCUGGUGGGCUGGGGAUAUAGCUCAGGGAGGGAUAACUUUGCUCAUGUGUGCAAGGCCCCAGGUUCAAUUUUCAGCCCCUUUCCCACCCCAGAAAAAGAAAAACAAAACAGAAAAAGAGACAUUCAGGGCCAAUGGGAAUGGUCUGUUUGGACUUCUACCCCAUCUCCUUUAAUGCACAAGUAUGUGGCUGGAGAAGAGGUGGUAGAGUUAGGCCUACAGUGAGGGGGACAGAAGAAUAAAAUGAGCCAGCAGCCUUUGUUGGAAUCUGAUUCCCAUUGGUGACUGGUUCAAAGGGAUCUCUACCCUCUUCCUGGACUCCCCUUGCGCGUGAGCUGUUCCUGUUUCUCUAGCAUCUUAGGUCUUUCAGCAUGUCCACCAGCAGAAACUGGCUUUGAGGCCUUAAGAAGUGCCUGAGGUGUUCCCUGAGAUUGACAGUGUUCUCUGGAGUGUCUGUCCUUCCAGAGGGCGGUUUGUAAGAAAGAAGCUGAGCCAUUGUCAAUAACUGAGAGAAUAAGUGUUCUGGGCCCACAGUGCUUUUGACUGCUCAGACCAAAACAAACAAAAAUAAAACAAUAAUAGUUGUAAAAAGCCAAGUCAUUUCCUUGUGUAACUGAUACGGUGAUAUAUUAACUUUUGAAAAAUUUAAAGUUAAAAGAAACAAGCUACAAGUCUCA